GGGUGACAUUUCUGGGACCUCCAUAUCUAUUUUAGCAUUUGGAGUAUUACAAUUACGAGUGCAUUGGUUUGGAAAACUACACUUCGAAGUGCUUGCCUCUGAAGUACAACGCCUACACAUACUACAAAAUGGCGUAUGAGCCUUACAUUUACUUCAAGCUAAAGUCGUCCGGGUUGCAGUAACGGAAUUCGGAUUACCAUGGUAGUCGCAGACGAGUUUUGUGCAAUUCGCACCCAACUCGGUCACUUAGCAUCGCCGCUCUGCUCAUGCGCUAAUCACACUGGCGGAGAGCAUAGAACACCGGAGCUAUGUUCUUUUUUUUGCCGCCACAAACGAAACCUGAAUUUUAUGUGGCCAAAAGGCCAGGUAGAUAACAUCAAUCGAUUUUCGAGUGACUACACCUGUACAUGUAUCAACUGCACCACCCUAUACUAAUUACUAAGGCACGCAAGAGAGAUUGAUAUGAGGGUAUUAUACAGAGCAAUUAUCAGCGAUACUAGUCAGAUCGUGUGGUGGGGUAGUGUGGUUCCGGGUCGGAAGAUAGUUAGCCCGUUCUGUAGGUCGCAUAGGUAGGCACAAUAGCGCGUAAUAAAUACAUCAUCUUCUCUCUCCUACUCUUACUGCUUGUUUAGUUAGUGGUCUUCUACGUCCCUGCUUACUGUGCACUUUAACAGCACUACCCCACUCCUUUACAAUAGGUAGUAUAAAGAAUGCUAUAUUAGUCGCUACACUUUGUAAUCUAAGCACGUACUAAUAACUUAAGGAUAGGAGUACUUAAGAAAGUGCACGAUAGAUUUCAUGCAGGAUACAUGAAUUUGGCAGUCAAUUGCACGUAUUCGCGAGUAUCCUAAAUGCACACCUCAUAUCCGAGACUUGGCUAGCUUGGCAAGUGGAUUUAGCUAUUUGCCCAAGUGGAUUUAGCUGGCCCCUUGAUUUUUUGUGCCUGAAUAACCCAUAGUCUGGUCUAAGACGAGGGUGGUCCGUGACCUGCACUGACCAUUCAGAUAGAUCGAUACGAUCUGUAUCAAUCAAAAGGAUCUAAAAGAACGUGAGAGUCAGGUGAAACAUAUGGCAGAUGUGUACUCGAGUGCAUCCAGUGUCAUAAUGUGGCUUGGAGAGGAUAUGGAAGGCGUAGAAAAUGCAUUCCAGGCUAUUAAAUGGGUCCGGAGCUUGUUCCCAACAAGUAUUCCUUCUGCCACUGUUUAUGAGAUGCCUCCAGCAGAGACUGAGCAGCGACUCGAUGAUAUCAGGUGGAUUCUCAGCUCAGAAAAAGGACCUGAGAUUCAACGACUUUGGAUUCCAAUAGGCCAAUUACUUCGGCGUCCGUGGUUCACGCGGAAAUGGGUCAUCCAAGAAAUAAUCAAAGCCGAAUCUGGACUACUAGUCUGCGGAUCUCUGAGUCUUCCUUGGAGCGAAUUGCAAGAUACGAUGGCAUAUCAAAUACCUCAGUGCAUACAUCAUGUUUCUAAGCGUCGGUGUUGAUAUCCCACCCGAGUCCCUCGACCACAUACCUCUGAUCGAAACCAUGAAGAACACCGAGUCUUUCAUUUCGCUCGACCAGAUGCUCUACUUGACUCGACGGUUCUCGGUGUCUUUGCCUCGGGAUCAUGUGAUAGACAUCCUGGGACUAGCAUCAGACAUUAACGCUGAUGACAUCAACCUUCUCGCGAACUACGUCGAUUCUACCACAGACUACUUCAAGAUCUUCAUGCAAUGGAGUAUCGAAAAGAACAAGAACCUGGAUUGCCUUAGCUCCGACUUUGAUCCAGCCAAUAUCAGCGAUUCAAGCUUGCCAUCUUGGAUGCCAGAUGUCAGAUCAUGGGAUCGCCAACCUGGCAUGCCGCGGAGCAUGUGUGGCUUCAAAGCAGCAAUGAACUCUGUACCCAACAUGUCAUUCUCUUCCGAAACAUCCCAACUCCAAAUCACCGGCUCGAACAUCGAUCAGAUCGCAACACUCGGAACCAUGCCUCCUGAAAACGUGGAUCUCGACCUCGUGGAAACAGAUGAUCAUUAUCAAGACCACCUCAUCAACUCUCAACUCGUCACCGAAAGAGACCGCACCUGGCUACUAGAAUGCAAAUCCAUCGCUACCUCCGACUUUAACACCCCCGAUUCUCCCGGCUUCCUAUUCUUCAUCCGAACAUUAAUCUGGAACAUGCCGGGUACACCAAAUCCCUACUCUCCUGAACAACUAUCCACUAUCUUCGAGCAAUAUAUCCGGGAGACGGAAACUCGGACCCACGAUGAUGCGGCUCCGUAUAUUGAUCCUGUGGUCAUCUCGUUUGUUGGGACGUUCUCUGUUGGAAGACGGUUUGCGAGGACGACGAGUGGGAGGCUGGGCUCGAUGCCAAGGUUUGCGGUUGUGGGUGAUAGGAUUUGUCUUUUUGAGGGUGGGAGGAUGCCGUACGUGGUGAGGCCGUAUGGUGGUGGGAGGUAUACGUUUCUGGGGGAUUGUUAUCUCGAUGGGGUUAUGUAUGGGGAAGGGAUGGUGGAGGGGCGGAAGGUGGAGGAGUUCUCGAUUGUCUGA